AUGACUCUUUCACCACUUCCCGUGAAGGUGUAUAAAAGCGUGGUGACGGUGGACAGCAGUACACGAAGUUGCAGCCUCGCCGAAGCCACGGGCCAGGGCAAGGUGUACCAGUUCGACGCAACCUUCGGGCCCGGCGCCUCGACGGAGGUCGUUUACGAGGAGGUCGGUUCUUACGUCGUGGAGGCCGUCCUCGAUGGCUACAAUGGAACGGUGUUCGCCUACGGUCAAACGGGCUGCGGCAAGUCCUACACGAUGCGCGGCUUCGUCGAGCGUGCACUCGAGCACCUCUUCGAGGCGACCUCCACCUCGAGCUCGGACAUGCGCUAUCUCGCCCUCCUCACCUACCUCGAGAUCUACAACGAGAAGCUGCGGGACUUGCUCCAAGCCACCGACCCCACAAACGAGAAUCAACUUCAGCUGAAGGAAGACCCAGUGCGCGGCACCUACGUCGCUGGUGGCCUGCGCGAGGUCACCGUCAAGAAUGCGCGUGACUGCACGCGUCUGGUGGACCAAGGCGAUCGGCGCAGGGCAGCCGCAGCCACGAGGAUGAACGCCGCGAGCUCCCGGAGCCACGCGGUUCUAACGAUAUCCCUGGAGGCGAUAGCGAUAGGGGGACCCGGACAGGCGGGUACCGGGGCCGUGCGUCGUGGACGUCUCCACCUCGUCGACCUCGCGGGCUCGGAACGUCAGGGCCGCACCGGGGCAACCGGCGACCGGCUGAAGGAAGCUGCGAGCAUUAAUCUCAGCCUCUCGGCCCUGGGCAACGUCAUCAGCGCACUAGCCGCCGGCAACGGAAGACACGUACCCUACAGGGACAGCAAGUUGACGCGACUGCUACGGGACAGCCUCGGGGGUAACGCGCGCACCCUGAUGAUCGCGUGCGUAAGCCCGAGCGAUACCGACGCCGAGGAGACCCUGAGCACGCUGCGCUACGCGGCUCGUGCCCGCUGCAUCAAGAACAAGCCCAUCGUCAACGAGGACCCGAAGGACGCUCUCCUCAGACAGUACCAACUCGAGCUUCAGCGGCUACGUAAGCUCAUCGAGUCCAACGAGAGUCGCGAUCCACCCGAGAGGCUCGAGCCCGAGCCGGAGAUCUGCACGGAGGAGGUGCCCGAGCAGAGGCCCAAGGCACUGAGUCCAAGGCCGGAGAUCGAGAACGGUGAUGCCCUUGCCCUUGACUUUCUUAAUGCACUCGCGUGGCUCGGUCCCGGCUCCUACCGUCCUCGAAUGGCUGCAGAGCCGGAGCGAGACGAGCGCCGUUGGCGGAAACGCGAGGCCGCGAAGCAGGAGGUGCUGCGCAGACUCGAGAGGCUGACGAUCGGGGGUGAAGCCCUGGGCGACGCGGAGAUACGGAGACGCAGGGAGCGGCGCAGGAAGCGGCUUCAGGCCCUCGCCAAGGCCCUUGAGCGCAGCAGCGAGGAGGGCAACGGGGGCGCCUUCGAGGUCUAUGGCCAACUCAAAUCCACAGAAGAGGCCCUCAAGAAGAUGGCGAGGAAGGCGAAGCAGCUCGAAGCCGAGGCGACAGACUUGCAGGCCUCCUGGGACGAAGAGCGCCGGGAGCUACUGCGUCGAGAGUUGCUCUCCCAGCAGAUCUGCGAGGCGAUGAUUCCUCACCUACGCCCCGGCUGCCCCCUCCGGGAUGUGGCCGCGGUCCGAGCGGCGGCCUCCUGGUCAUCGGAGUUAGGACGCUGGCGGCUACCGGACGUUUCCUCCCGCAUCCCCCUACCCCCGGCCCCGUUAUCCGUCCCUGUCGAGCCUUUCAAGCCCGAUCUUAACAACAACAACAACAACAACAACAACAGCAACAACAAUAACAACGGCAGCGGUAGCGGCGGCAGCAGCAAUAACGACAACAGCAGCAGCGGCACAGGAGCGGCAACAGCAGCCACCAGCGACGGGAGUCCCGACGAGGAGAGCGCGGCUGAGGACCACUUCGCCGAGGUCGGCACCGGCAAGACCAACAUCGCCGACGUCUACUUCAAGCGCAACCGCAUCGACAAGAUACUCGCCCACGUUAGGGAGGCCAAGACAUUCGGUAAGUGCUCGUCGAGGGUCGAGCUGGUGAGCCUCUUGCACCAGUAGAACACCAGCUAGCCUCCACUUCUUCGUCCUCUUAUUCCUCUUCCUGGCUUAAUCUCUCGUCCGCUUGGCAUAGGUCCUCCGCAUCCAUCGCACUUUGG